AUGGGAACUACUUAUGAAUAUACAUAUGAAUAUAAUGUAGCUGAUUCAAAUAAAAAUCAUCGAGCUCAUGCUGGUAACACUGGUGGCAAUCCUAAUACUGGACAUAGUACUCAACGAACAGCUGGACAACAACAAUCAAAUUUUGGUUCAACAUCCAAUCGUACAAAUAAUAAUGAUCCUUUAGUGAAUCUUCAACAUGAUCGUAUUUGGAAUAAACUUUAUGAUCCACUUAAUCAAGAUAAAUCAGCACAUGGAGCUGAAAUCCAGAAAAUGGCUCGUCGACAAGAUCGUAAAGUAAUUAAAAUUGAAGCAGCAUAUGGUUCCGAUCGACAAACAUUUAUUGUUAAACGUGAUUAUGAUUUACGUGUACGUGAUGUUCAAGAAGAUGCAGCCAAAGUAUUUAAAAUGCCGCUUGAGGAAAUAAUUCUUUAUUGGAAGGGACGAAAUAUUUGUAAUACACCAAAUGAAUUACUAGAAACAUUAGGUAUUGAAAAUAAUCAUCAAAUGCGUGUUUGUCGUGAAGAUGAUCCAACACAACAAAAUAGACGACGUGAAUUACUUUCUAAUACAGCACCCAAUCAACAAAAUGUACCAUCAAAUGGUACGUAUAACCCUCAACAACAACAACAACCACCACCGCAACCACAAUUAUAUAAUCAAUAUCAACAGCAACAACAACCACCACCACCACCACCACCCCCACAGCAACAAUACGGCACUAGCCCCCCACGUUCUAAUGAUUAUUACCAACAAUUUUCAAAUCAAAAUAUACCACCAGCUGUUCCUACAGUAUUUCUUCUUAAUUUACAAAUUGGUCUUGGUGAUCGAGCUGAAGGUAUUGUUAUUGGUCGACCAUAUCCAUCAACAGUUUAUGAUUUACAAAUUGAAUUACAACAACGUUUUGGUAUACCAAUAGCUGAACAAAAUCUCUCUUAUAAUGGAACAUUAUUAGCACAAUAUCCACCUGAUACUCCACUUGAUUCAAUUGGAAUUGUUAAUCAUUCAUUUGUUUCACUUUGGACUAGAAGUAUACCAUCAAAUAAUCAACAGCAACCACCAACACCAUACUAUGGUGAUGGACCUCAGUCAACAUAUAAUGGCGGAAAUCCACAAGAUUUAUCACCAAAACGAAUGGACAAUACAAAUAACAAUGAUGUCACUCAAAAUGGUGGUAAUCCGGACGUACUUAAAAUUGAAGUUUUUCAUGGUUCCGAUCGGCAUAUUCUUAUUUUACGUAGUUCAAACAAUCUACGUAUUGUAGAUUUAAUGGAAGAAUUACAACGUAUAACAACUGUUCCAGUUCAAAAUCAAAAACUUUAUUAUCGUGGUCAAGAAUUACAACCAUCAAAAGAUCGUACAUUACGUGAUGCUGGCAUUGAUAAUAAUGCUCAAGUUAGAUUAAUUGGUGAUCCAGCGAGAGCACGAUAUGAACCAAUGAUUACUGGCAAUCGACCUAAUUAA